AUGAGAGUUUCAACGCUGAUCGCAUCGACCGUAGGUUGUGUGCAAGCGUUCGUUUUGCCUCAGACUUUUUUGGACGCUUUUCAGCUACCUCUACCUACCUCUGUAGACCAAGAAUCGUUCUGGCCCCAUAAGCCAUACUUCCUCAAGCAUCAGGUGGACCCCGAGAGUUUUCCCGACGAAAUUGAACUUUCUGAGCUGAACUCAACGGCCUGGGACUUGUACCAGAUUGCUGGGACUUCCAACAGCUCGUAUGGCCAUCCAACUCGUGUUAUUGGCUCCGAGGGCCACUGGAAUACCCUAAACUACAUCAUGCAACAAUUCGACCAAAUGAGAGAUUACUACGAGAUCUCGACGCAGAGCUUCAAAGCCCUAAACGGCAAGGUCUCACACUACGACUUGAACUACACCAGCGGGGGUAAAGUGUCCACUGCUCAAGCGUUCAGCCUUUCUCCUCCUGUAAAGCCUUUUAUUGGGAAAUUGGUCGAAAUCCCAAAUUUGGGUUGCUCUGACGCGGAUUACGAAGCUCUGGAGAUCAAAAAGGACUCUAUCGCCCUGAUCGAAAGAGGGAAAUGUCCUUUUGGCCAGAAAAGCAACUUGGCUGGUAAACAUGGCUUCAAGGCUGUUGUCAUCUACGAUAACGACCCGGCAUCCAAGAAGGGUGUGAGCGGUACUCUAGAUAAGCCCAAUAAACACACUGUCUCCACUAUUGGUGUAUCUUUUGCUGUUGGUCAGGAGCUUAUUUUGGGUAUCACGCUAGACCCCGGCUUCUCCCUCUACUUUUCCAUGGACUCUUAUGUCAAAGAGGUCAAAACCAGAAACAUCAUUGCUGACACCAAGCACGGCGACCCUGAAAAUGUCGUCGCUCUCGGUGCCCACACCGAUUCCGUAGCAGCCGGACCGGGUAUCAAUGAUGAUGGGUCUGGUACCAUUUCCCUCUUGACCGUCGCCAAGCACUUAUCGGACUUCAAAAUCAACAAUAAGGUUCGGUUUGCUUUCUGGGCUGCUGAAGAGGAAGGAUUGGUAGGUUCCAACUACUAUGUGAGCCAAUUGUCCCCCGAAGAAAAUCUCAAAAUCAGGCUUUUCAUGGAUUAUGACAUGAUGGCGUCUCCUAACUAUCAGUUCCAAGUUUACAAUGCCAGCAAUCUUGUUAACCCAAGAGGAUCGGAGGAACUCAGAGACUUGUACAUCGAUUAUUAUACCGAGCGCGGCUUCAACUAUACUUUGAUUCCUUUCGAUGGAAGGUCGGACUACGUCGGGUUCAUCGAAAACGGUAUCCCUGGCGGCGGUAUUGCUGCAGGUGCUGAGGGAAUCAACACAGACAAUGGUAAGGUUUUGGACAGAUGCUACCACGAACUAUGCGACGAUGUGGACAACUUGAACUGGGAUGCGUUUUUAACCAACACCCAGCUCAUUGCCUACUCCGUGGCUCACUUUGCGGACUCGCUAAAGGACUUUCCGGAAAGGGAGGUCAACGCAACAAGUUUUUCCGAAAGCGCAAAUAGGCAGCCAAAAUACUUUUACAAAGGUGGCGCCUUGAUACUAUGA